GCAAAGACACCAAGACACACAAACUUUGACUUUUUCUUAACACUUUUCCUUUGACUCGAAGACUCGACCGUCCAUCACAUCCAGUAGUUCAGAAUGGCCGGAGACAAUCGAUUCCACGCGCAGGGCACGCAUGCCUCUGCUUUGGAACUAAUCGGUCGCACACCCCUCGUUCGCCUACAAAAAAUCCCGCAGUCCCUCGGGAUCGAGGCCACUGUGUAUGCAAAAUGCGAGUUCUUCAAUGCUGGAGGGAGCGUCAAGGAUCGGAUAGCUCUGCGCAUGAUCGAAGAGGCUGAGAAGUCGGGUCGCAUAAAGCCUGGUGACACUCUCAUCGAGCCAACCAGCGGGAACACUGGUAUAGGCCUCGCUCUUGUUGCUGCCAUCAAAGGCUACAAGACCAUCAUCACCCUUCCGGAGAAGAUGUCGGCUGAAAAGGUCGCUGUCCUCAAAGCCCUCAACGCCACCAUCAUCCGGACCCCUACACAAGCGGCCUUUGAUAGCCCAGAAUCACAUAUUGGAGUGGCGAAGAGAUUGGAAAAGGAGCUGCCAAACGCUCACAUCCUGGAUCAAUAUGGGAACCCGGACAACCCACUGGCGCACGAAUUGGGAACCGCGGAAGAGGUCUGGGAGCAAACCAACGGCACAAUCACUGCCAUUGUUGCAGGAGCGGGCACCGGCGGAACAAUUACUGGUUUGGCACGGGGUCUGCACAAGCACAACAAGAAUAUCAAGAUCAUCGCAGCUGAUCCUCAAGGCUCGAUCCUGGCUCUUCCGUCUCAACUGAAUGAUGAAUUCUCCAAUCAGCCAUACAAGGUUGAGGGUAUAGGCUACGAUUUCAUCCCUGAUGUCCUUGAUCAGAAGUUGGUGGAUAAAUGGUACAAGACAGAUGAUAGAGAAUCCUUCUACUAUGCUCGACGACUAAUAGCAGAAGAAGGUCUUCUUGCCGGAGGAAGCAGCGGUUCUGCCAUUGCAGCGACUGUAGCAGCUGCGAGAGAAUUGAAAUUAGGCAAGGACGACGUUAUUGUGGCCAUCCUGCCAGAUAGUAUCCGAUCAUACCUGUCGAAGUUUGUGGACGACGAUUGGCUGGCCGCUAAUGAUCUCCUGCCGCCCACACCACCUCCAGAGCGUGAGGCGGUACCAGGAUCGCCACACAUCUCACGACGAGACAGCAUCAAGCCGAAUGACCAAUUCAAAGGGGCACGAGUUCGAGACCUCCGGCUCAAGCCUGUCCAGACGGUCACUUCCGAUCAGCCUUGCAUUUCUGCCAUCGAAACGAUGCGCGACAAAGGCUUCGAUCAACUUCCUGUGCUCGCUCCGAAGGGCCGGCGCUUGGUCGGACUCGUGACACUGGGAAACCUACUGUCUCGCAUCAGUCACGGCCGAGCAAGCGCAGACUCACCAGUAUCCGAUGUCAUGUUUGACUUUGGCAAUAUCAGUGAAGUCACCAUCGAUCACAACGACUUCAGUGACUUGACUUCGUCCGAUUUGGGCAGUUUCUCGAGUGAGAUGAGCGAGAAACCAGAAGCACAAGAGCCCAAGGGACACCCACCCAAGAAGAGGCGACAUUUUGUCGAGAUCACGGUGAAUACACCGCUGAGUGCGCUGAACCGGUUCUUCGAAUGGCAAAGCGCAGCUAUCGUUACGGAAAGAGAGCCAGGGGCGAGCUCAACGUCUGGGAAAGUUCCGGUCAUGAAGCCAGUUGCUGUAGUGACCAAGGUCGAUUUGCUGACAUGGAUGCUGAGCAAGAAUAAAUUGCACUAAUUUUCGGACAUGCUACGGAGUGGAUAGUUUCUUUUCCAGAACCCAGAUGAGGUGGUGUUGGUGGUACACUAGAUGUUGGCGAUAUAAUGAACAGUUGGUAGGGCUCGCUGCCCACACCACAGGAGAUGAUGACAUUCAACAUGAAUAGCGGAGGCGUUGGGUGAAAGAUAGAGAGCCUCCACGUAGAGUUCUCACGGACAGAAUAUCUCCAGUGUGAUGAAGUAAAUCUGAUCUCAAUGUUAUAUACCUGGGUAGGGAGUACUGUAAGUUGAUUCGCUGUCCGCAGGAGAUGUACGACUGCCAGGCAUCUCUCAGGUGUCCUUUGUUCUGUUGACUGAGCAAAACGCUCUCAGAUCGCUCAAAUAGGAAGGCUAGAUUUCCAUAUUAGGCAUCUCCAGUAAGUCGUUCUUGCCUCCGAGUACUGUACAAUAUUGGAUGAAACGCAGAUUGAAG